AUGAAAAAUAUUUUGGAGACUCUUAUAAACGCAUCGGAGAAGGCAGCGUGUGUUGCUCGAUCCUGUUGUGCUGGUUCCAAGAACGAAGUGUUAUUAGUGGCAGAAAAGUUUGAUGGCGACGCCAACGCCCGUUUUGAGAGAGAUUUCAAAACUAUCGCAGAUGUUUUGGCUCAGGAAGCUGCUAAAACUGAGAUAGCGAGGCAUUUCCCAGAACUUGCAGAGCAUGUAAGAGGUGAAGAGUGUUCCGAGAUUGGUGGAGUAAGAAUUGAAUUGCGCGAAAAUAUUGAAGGGACCACAGACCUUCUGCAGUAUUUGGUAGCUCCCGCUGUCGCAAAACGAAUGGCUGAAGCGGCUCAUCGCGACACAGAGCAUAUAUUUUGUGAUAAUUUACCAAAUAUUCCAGAGAUUGAUACAUCUGAUGUGGGAAUUUGGAUUGAUCCUAUUGAUGCUACUGCGGAGUUUAUAGCAGGAGUACAGGGCCGUGCUGAUGCAGAUCGAGGUCUUCCAUGUGUCACAGUUCUCAUAGGCGCCUAUUUAAGGUCCACAGGAGAACCCAUUGUUGGAGUUAUUAAUCAACCAUUUUAUAAUAAUGGCAAGGGACGAGUGAUUUGGGGCUUAAACUAUAAAGGAAGCCGUGAAUCUGGUGGUAAUGACAUUCCAGAUACCAAUGAAACUAAUAUAAUUCUGAUCAGUUCUGCUGAGAAGCCAGAAGUUGCUGAUAAAUUCAAGCAAGCUGGAUGGGAAGUCAAGUCAGCACCUGGAGCUGGACACAAACUUCUUAAAGUUGCUAUAGGUGAAGCUACAGCGUACAUCAUGUCACAAGGAACAACUUUCCGCUGGGACACUUGUGCCCCCCACUCUAUCCUCCGAGCCAAGGGUGGGGACCUACUCAGCUUUUCAACUAUCGGUCCCAUCACUUACAACGAUGAAAUGCACAUGGAGCCACAACACUAUAGCAACAAAGAUGGCAUCAUUGCCUUCACUGAUGUGGCAACAUUAGAAAAAAUCAAGAAAAUUCUUGAAGAUUAA